AUGAGAUGGAGGAGCUUAGCAGUAGCGAGCGGAAGAGAAAAGACCGAGAAGGGCGAGGCAAGAGAGGGUCGUGUGUGUGGGGGGGGCGACGGUCUGGGAGGACGCGUCGGGGGGAAAAGAAAGGAAAUUGGGGGGAAACGGGGGAUUUGGUCCCGUCUGUUGAGGCGGCUCACGGCCAGUCGCGGCGAGGAGCGGCCAGGCAGCGGCCAGGCUAGCGGAGAGGAAGCCACCGCAUUUUCUGCUGUCACACAUCCCUCCCGCACAGCCUUCGCAUCCCUCCAGCUCCCGCUCCCGGCGAUGGGCCCCAGCAGCAGUUCCCCCCAUCCUACCCCCCUCCCUCUCACCCCAGCUGCACGCACGUCCUCACCAGACACCUGUCUCAUCUCGUCUGGUACUCUCGUCUACUACGUUUGCCCCAGCCGAGGGGCCGAGGCACGAUCUCCGUAUCACGAUCUGCCACCCCUCACCAAAGCCCGCCCUCCGUGGGACCCUUGCCCGAUUCGGACAGCCGCGCGGAGGCUUUCUUACGAUUUGAGUUGA